CGUAUUUUAUUGAUAAUGUCAGCGGUUACGUAAAACGAUAAAAAUGAUGCAACAAUUGCGUCCUUGGGUAUGUCAACUUCAUCUGAUUUUGACAUUGAGUUUUGACUCUUGAUUUGUCAAUUUGACGAGCCUGCAGUUUCAUAAAAUAUUUCGGCGUGUCUAAGACGGAAAAAAUCCUAAAUUUUAAUACAGUGUUCAAUUAAAUAGUAUCAGAAACAGACAUGGCUAAAGUAAUUACGCUCGGCGAAGUAAAGAAGCACAAUUCCGACAAGAGUGUAUGGAUGGUUAUUCAUAAUGACGUUUAUGAUGUGACAAGUUUUUUGGAGGAGCAUCCAGGUGGCCCGGAAUCCUUAUUGGAGGUGGCUGGAGAGGAUGCCACAGGACCCUUUGAAGAUGUUGGACACAGUGCAGACGCCAGAGAACUCUUGAAAAAAUACAAAAUUGGCACGCUACCUCCCUCAGAACGCACAAAGGAUGUGGAUAGUUGUUGUAGAGUGAAAUCUAAGUGGAAAAAAUCAAGAUCGGAGACCGUUUGUGUGCCAUGCGAAGCUUUGAGUACCGGACAUGGAAAGGAAUCCAAGGAAAGUAAAUCCUGGCGGACGUACGAUGGAUCUUCCGGAAGUCGACACGUCACGCCAAAGUCUAACUACAAACCUCCGACCAGCCCUAGAGUCGAAAAGAGAGUGCAAACAAUAGUUGUGCCCCGAGAAAGACGGCCGAGAGGACCUCCCUGCGGCAGUUCCAACUUGAAAUGGGCGAUAUUAGCCCUGGCCGGUGCGGUGGUCAUCGGCAUAGCACUUAAAAAGUACCUGAGUUAAGCCGAAUGAAGCAAAUACUCGCGUGGGUCCAAGCUCUGGAGUCGAAACUGGUUGGAACCAGUGUAGGCUGUAAGCCAUAUAAACAUGUAGAGGUGUAGUACUAUGACAGUUAUUUGUGUAUUAGUAUGUGCCUACUAUGUAUCGCAAUAAAAUUCUUGUUAUUGUCUGGAAUGCUUUGUAAGUGUUAGUAGUAAAACAUUAUUAAAAAUGUGUACCAAAAAAUUAAACUGGUGAGGAAUUUGAUAUAGAAGGGCAAGUCUUGCAGAUUUUUUUUAUUGGCAUAGGUAUUGUGGAAGGAUUAUGUUCUAAAAAGUUAGAUAAUGGUAAACCUGUGUAAUAGGUGAUGUUAUCGUCUUAAAUAUUCAAAUUUCAUUCCUACUUAUUAAAUGUUGUACUCAUAUUUAUAAUCGUGUAGUAAAAUGUUUGUUGAGUCUUCGGACUCCUUGCCAGAGGUACUCUAUGAUGCCUGUGAUGAAUAUUAAAAAAAGCCUCAAAAAGUCUAAAAUACUCACUUAAAUAUUAUAUUGGCUUCCGAGUGUCAGUGACUAAAAAGCUUGUAAAGGCAUUCCAUAACUUAUUUAUGUAUAAUAUAAAAAAUCCUGCCUGCCUCUUAUGUUUAUUUGUGAUAAAUGGUGCAUAUUAUAAUCUAUACUAAUUUAUAGAGGAAAUGUUUGAGUAAGUAGAUUUGUAGCUAAUCUCUAAAACUACUGAGCCAAUUUUGAAAAUUCUUUCAAAAUCAGCUUAGUAUAUUUACCACUCAAAAUAUAACUGUAGGAAACAGCUUAUAUUUUUAUGUAUAUUUUUUCUUAGAAUAGAGUCGCUUUUCCACCAUAUAGAGACUUUCCCGUCCUCACAACCUCCACUAAAACUCCUGUAAGCCAGGAUCAGCAUUGGCAUGCAUUUAAUGUCACUAAUAAGAAACUACAUUACCCCCGUUAUAGGCUACUUUUAUCCCGGGAAAAUAUUUAUUCCAGAAAAACUCACGCAGACCGAACCGCGGGAAAAAUAGUUAUAUAAUUUGAAAAACGCAAUAGCGUUCAUAUAAGUUUUAAAUUGAAUUUAGAAUGAUUAUGAUUGUAAUGGCGUUAGAUGUUUUUACUCAUGGAUGUAUCGAUUUUGAACCUUAUAUACAGACAAUAGGUGCUAACCAAUAUUGUACAAAACAGGAUUUUGUUGUGAUAUAAUUUAUAUUGUUUUUAUUGUUAUUUAAUUUUUCAUCUUAUACAAUAAAAUUGUUUAUAUGUAAAUGUAUCAUUUUAUACUUACUGUCACCUUAAUUAUAUAGGAAAAACGAUACCCAGAAUAAUGCGAGUAAUAUUUUAAAAUGACUCAGGAAGUAAUAAAAUAAAACUAAUAUAAUUGUAAUAAUUUAUUUUGUAAAUACACAAUAAAUAGUGAUAAUUGACAAUAUAAUAAAACAAAUUAUUGGACAUUAUUCGUGUAAAAACUAUUUACCCGUAAGUGGAUUAAAUACAUGUAGGAACUUAGGACUGGCUUGGUGGCGUUGUAUUGUGUGAGUCGAACCACUGCCUUCAGGUUCCGAGUUCGGAUUCCAGUAAAAACAGUGAUAAGGGGUUUUCGGCUCACUAUUGGUCCAAUCUGGAAUUUGUGCCGUUUGGUGAUAAUGUCGCCCUAUCACAUCAUGGGUCGGAACACACUUAGCUAUAGUGGGUGGUCUGAUUGCACCUCUGCCUACUACUUACUCCAAAUUACAUCUUGUCAAAAAAUAUAUAAAAUAAAUUCUAAAAAAAUAUAUUACU